GGGAGACUUUCUUAUCUUUCUUUAUCAGUUUGUGACUUGGAAUUAUAUAAAAAUAAAAUAAAGCUUUGAGAAAAAGAACAAAAAAACACAGACCGUAACUUAUUGUAUCAUAGGAAUGAAUUUCGGCGACGGCAAUUUCUUCGCCGUUGUCUCCACUGUAUACAAGCGAGAAGACUAUAAACGAACCAAGCACGACGCCGUUUUCUCCAAGUGGAAGGUUCUGAUAGGAUCCAACGAUUGGGAGGAUUUCAAAAACGGGAAAGACGGUGUAGCUAGAUACAGAGUCCAGAACUUACCUCGUAGAUCUUGUCCUGGUCUGUAUGAGCUCGGUGUAGUAGUCAUCGGUCAUGACCAAGCCCGGAAGCUUGACUCGGAUGAUGUCCUCGCUGCAUAUCUAGGACAGGCUGAAAGAUCUAGACUUCAGAGUUAUGGAAGAUCCGGUGCUCAUUUACGCAAUGUUAGCAAUAACAACCUUAACCACUGUGAAGCCAUCGAGUCUCCUGAUAAGAAAGCUGUGACCACUGGUUUGUUUGAGGACAUAUUCAUCAAAGAUGGCUCGGUUCUGUAUAGAUGGGCUCCGAUGGGGUCUAAGAGGGAAGCUGAGGCAACGGAAGGGAUGCUUUUGAGCACGUUUGACUAUGCGUGGAACAAAGGAAGCAACGGGGAACGACGCCAGCUUGAUCUGCUGAUGAAGCUCGGUGAUCGCGAGUUUACGAGGAGCAGAAAGUCCGGGAUAUCACGAGUGAUGUUUCCUUUCCUCCGGAAUCAAGUUGGUAUAAGAAUCAAAGGGGAGAAGCAUGUGCUUGAAGAAGAGAGAAAGCUAAGCUCUGAUGUUGUUGAAGAGAAGAAGAAGAGUUUCGGUUUCCUCGCUUCCAUUAUCAAACUUUCCCAGUCUAGACCUCAGCCGGUUUCAGACAAACUUGAUGAGAUAGAUGGUUCUGUUUGUGGAGUCAUACUUGGAAAUGGUGGUCGUUGUAACAGAAGUCCAGUUAAAGGAAGAAAGAGAUGCGAAGAGCAUAAAGGGCAGAGAGUUUGCCGUGUUUCACCGGUGAAAAACCCGCCACAGCCCGAGAUUUUCGCCGGGCAAGAUUACAAACACGAAGACUCUGAUGUCGCAUGUGGAGUGAUCUUACCAAACAUGGAACCUUGCAGUAAGAGACCUGUUCCAGGAAGAAAACGAUGUGAGGAUCAUAAAGGCAUGAGGAUCAACGCUUUCCUCUUUCUUCUUAACCGGACAGACCGUGAGAGAACAGUCAAAACCGAGAAACCUGAUCCUGAAUCGCCUACAUGCAACAUAGUUGAAGAAGAAGAAGCUUUGAGUCGCUUCUGUGAAGCUACAACAAAGAGUGGUGUACCUUGCACAAGAAGCUCUCCUAAAGGAAGCAAAAGGUGUUGGCAACAUAAGGAGAAAACUUCCGGCGAUAGCUUGCCGGUAAAGGUUCAUCCGGUGGCCGGAACACAAGUGAUAUGCGGUGUUAAAGUGAGUAAUGGAUUGGUCUGUGAGAGAUCUCCGGUGAAAGGACGUAAAAGAUGUGAAGAGCACAAGGGAAUGAGAGUCAUCAUCCCUUCAUGACUUGGUUAAGUUACGCUGUCACCUAACCGGAAUUGUUUGUACCAUACCGGUUUUGUUUGUUUAUUGUACCAUUUUCUGUACCGAAUUAAUUGUUAUUUUUUUUAUUAUUUAAAUAAUAAAUUCAAUGA